CAGAAGUGCGCGCAUGCGCUCAGGGACCCUGCAAGGGAGGGCGGCCGGCAGGCCAUGGAGGAGGCGGAUCGGCGGCGGCUGCUUCGCUCCCGGGUGAGGCUGGUGAAGGAGCUGCGGCUGGAGCCGCUUUGGGCGCUUCUGCUGCGCCGGGGCCUCUUCACCGCGGACAUGAUCGAGGAGAUCCAGUCUGCGGGGACCCGGCGAGACCAGGCGAGGCAGCUGGUGGGCGACCUGGCGACGCGGGGCCGGAGGGCCAUGGGGGACUUCGUGAUGUGCCUGCGCGAGAGCGGCCAGGAGGCGCUGGCGGAGCUGCUGAGCGACGGACGCCGCCCGGAGGGGCCCCCGGAGCAGGCCCCGAGGCACCCGGAGGCCCAUCAUCCCCUGCCCGGGAAGGCCUCCUCCCUCCAGCCCAGCCAGCCAGGUCCCAUAGAAGAGAAACCCAAAAGGGAUUCGGAAAUGGUUUACCCCCUGAAUUCUGAGCCCUGCGGCUACUGUCUCAUCAUCAAUAAUGUCCAUUUCAACAAAAACACGGAUUUAAAACAUCGCCUGGGCUCCGACAUCGAUCGCCAGAGGCUGGAAAAGAGGUUCCGGGCGCUGCAUUUCGAGGUCUUGACCAAGGAAGACCUUACAGCUCAGGAAAUAGCCCAGGAGUUGCAGAGCCUGGCCAGUCGCGAUCACAGCGGCCUGGACUGCUGCCUGGUGGUCAUCCUCUCCCAUGGCUGCGAGAGCUACCACAUCCAGAUUCCAGGCGCCAUCUUUGGGACGGACGGACAGCGCAUUGCGGUGCAGAAGGUGGUCAGCUAUUUCAACGGCUCCCACUGUCCAAGUCUGAGGGGGAAGCCAAAAUUGUUCUUCAUCCAGGCCUGUGGAGGAGAGGAAAAAGACCAAGGCUUUGAAAUGGAGGCCGACGCACCGCCAGGCCGGCGUGAAGGAAAGUCCGUGGAGUCAGACGCCAUCCCGAUGCCGGGGCCCGGAGGAGACACUGAUGAGCUCGAUGCCACGGCUAGUCUGCCCACGGACAGCGACAUCUUGGUUUGCUAUCCCACCUUUCCAGGUGGGGAACAUCGUCGCUACCAAAGUUGCAGGGCCUUACAAGCAAAUGCCAGGUCACUUCAACUUUCUCCGGAAAAAUUUUUUCUUCAAGGCAUGACAAAAUUUUGGCUGGUUCUUCUUCGCCGUUCCUGGGACAUAUUUCUGGAGAUUUAUUUGUGUGUGAGAGAGAGAUGUUUAUGGCCCGUUUUGCCACCUGGUGCCUUUCCAAUGCUGUGUUCCAUGGGAAAAGCCCCCAGCAGCAGGCAGAGACUCCAGACUCCAAAUGACCCAGAGCCCCUCGCCUAUUGGCCAGCCUCUGGAGUUGCGUGGAAACCUCGUCUUGGUUUUUUGGCUUAUUGAGUUCUAACAGAACAAAUCAAUGUGAAUCAAGUUUCUACUGUUUACAUUUCUCUUCUUCCUCUUUUCGAGAAAUCAAGAUAAUUUACAAUGAGAAGGUGCUCUUGGAAAUUAUUUCUGAGCCACAAGCGUUAAUCUUAAAAAACAAAAACAAACCCUUGAAAGGAUAAACAGGGUGUCUUAAAUUGUUACUUAAUUAUUUGAAGGUUAAGUGCAAUGUCUCAUAAUCUUUUUACAUCAUUAAAUAUUUAAAUUCCUGA